CAGAAAUCUCAAAGGUCGUUGCCUCUCUCCUGUCAUUUGUUUGGGUUUUUUUAGUGUUGAGUAAUUUUUGCCAGUUUUUCAUUGCCGAUUGUCUUGUAGAGUUUCAAAGUUUUUGGAAAUUAUAAUUUCUAAGUUCUACCGAAAUCUCGGCGUUUAUAGGCCAAGGACGAACGGAGGAUGGAAGUUAUCAUGGACUUGUCUACCUCCGAUUCGAACGCUUCAGUAUCUACGAUCAAUCUUGAUAGUAGUCUAGUCGCAGAAAUUGGUAGUGGUGACGAGUCGGACAUGGACCAAGAAGAAGACGGUCAUCAAAAUACUUCUCCGACAAUAAUUCUACCAAGCGAUGAUGACGACGACAAUAACGAGGCACAUUCUUCUUUGCGUGGAAAAUUAAAUCGUGGCAAUGUAGCGGCUAUGCAUAAAGCUGUACCUUUACCUAUUCGUCCUUCUGUCGAAUCAAUUCGUCGAAAAUGCAUUGUAUGCCUGGUCCCAAAACCUGAGACUGAAGACGUGUUUAUUGGUCGAUAUGUUCGUAAAGAGAUUUAUAUUUUGCUCGAACAUCUUCAAGCCCCGCUUCGUGGAAAUGGCCUUGACACAGGACUAUGCUACGAUUGCAUGAAUGAGCUGCAACGGUGGCACAUGUUUCACCAGACGCGAAAGACAUUUCUUGAUAAGAAUCCACCUGAGGUCUUUCAGCUUGUGGAAUUCCCUCCUUCUACAACACUUUAUGAACGAACAAACGAAGGAAUACCAGUUCCGAUAAUUAAAACAACAAUCCCAGUAAUCAAGGCAAAUCCGGUUUCGUACACUGAACGGAAAAUGAACCAAAUAUGUAAUAUAUACGAAAAAUCAGGACAUCAAGAUUGCAUUGUUCGAGCAUGGACAGUGGAGGAUUUGGAAUAUCUAGCUUAUCAUAUUCAUCAUGCAGAGUCUUUCAAUUCACCAGCAAUCGCUAAGUUGAAGUUGUAUUUCACAGAUGUUAAAAUUUUAUUGAAGGUCUAUUGCAUCACUUGCAAGCAACACAUUUCUGGUGGGAAAGCAAAAUAUGAAGAACAUGCGACGACCUAUCACGGUGAGAAUCCUGUACGGUUUCCUUGCGAUAUCUGUGGAGCUUGCCUCCCGGACAACGAUUCAAGUGGGGCAAACAAUUUUUUUGAACAUUGGCUCAGACAUUUUUACUUUUACAGCUGCACCGAGUGUGAAGCCAUACUCCAAUCACAUGGUCGUUUUCUUCGGCACAUGGAGAAUGUACACAAGAAACCUGAUCAACCAAUUUUAGAAUCUGGUGGUCCAGGUAUACAUUUCGAGCCGGAACCAAUGCCAUCAAUUAAAUUGGGGGAUGACGAGGAGGACCCUGAGGACGACCGUAUCGUAUCUGGUCAACACAAUGCAAUUAAGAGGAAGAAAAUGGAACAGAAGAAAAAAAUGCCAUAUAUAAUUUGCAAACAUUGUAAUAAACGGAUCCAACGACCGUUCUAUAAAUUCCACACAAAAAAUUGUCCCGUAAAGACUAGGAGAAUGGAAGAUGCUUCAAAGAGCAAAAAGGUUCUGAAACGUGCAGGCCCAAGCGCAGCGACUGCUUCCGCCAAUCCCCAACCUGCAAACGUGGAGAAUAAUAAUGCUACUACAUCUGGUACGGCUAGCUUGAAACAAUAUCCAUGCAAACUAUGCGGACGUGUUUUCAGUUUUCAGCAUUUCCUCCAAGAUCACAUCAAUUUUGUCCAUCUGAACAUUAAAAAUUACAAUUGUGGAGUUUGUGGCAUGUCAUUUAUCAGCAACUGCCAUUUAAAAUCUCAUGAAAAAACAAAACAUAACAAACCACAAACAUCACAAGCGACGAGUUUCGAUUGCGACAAAUGCCAGAAGAAAUACUUUGACGAAGGGUCACUGCAAGCUCAUCAUUGCGUCACGGGAGAUGGACCAAAAUCGAAGCACUUUAAAUGCGAAUAUUGCUCUAGAGUUUUUCCCCUGAAAGGCCAACUGAAUCGACAUAAAAUAAAUGAUCAUGGAAUAGAUAGACGGUUUAACCAAAUUAUUCAGUAAUCAGUACCUGUCUUCCACUGGUACCUACACCCACGGUCACAAGGAUUCAAAAUUCUGGAGGUUUAACAUAAUUCUUAAUGGAAUUUACACAAAUUAUAAUUUCUGUUUCUCUCGGUAAUUAAUAGGUUUAAAGAUGAAUUGAGUUAACAGUUUUGUUAUUAUUACCACAAGUAUUAGACAAAAUUAAUUGUUUAUCUACACCUACCUACCCACCUACUUUAGCAUGUUUAUUGAAUGGUUGCCGUUUUUAUAUUCCCUAUUUGCCUGAAGUUAUGCAAUUAGUGCAAGAUUAUAUUUUAUAGUACUCGGAUAGCAUUAUAUAUUGAUUCUCCAAACGCAUUGUUAAACUAUGAACUACAAUAAAUGUAACUGAAAAAUAGCAAAC